AUGGCAGGAUCAAGUGCGGAGGCCGCAGCAAGGAUCAAGCGUAUUGCUGACAGCAGGAAGACCGGGGCUGGACGGGUCACCAGACAGACGAAAAAAAAGGACCAGGAAGCUGCAAGUAACACACCGGAACAGCAAACGCAAGACGGGGCACACAACGAGGAAGCCCAACGCAAAACCGUAGUCCUCGAGAUGAUCGACAUUGGAAAAGACUUCCCAAGUCAUCCUACCCUCCUUGGAAAAUACCUAAGGGACAAAGGGUUCCACGAUUUCUCUGAAAUCUCCAAGCUAGGGAAAUUCAGGUUCAAGGUUGACACCGAGUUCGAAACCCAGCUGAGACAGUUAAAGCUGGCAGAUGCCAACUUGAGACUGUACGAACCCAAGAGCAGGGAUCAUACCAUCACCUUCAUCAGGGGAGUCCCCACCAGCUUCAAUGAGGAAGAGAUGUUGGAGAACAUAGAAGCAGAACACCGAGCGACCAAAGUUCAACGCAUCAAGCGACGGAGCAGGAAUGGAGAGCUUCUGGACACAACGAACAUCAAGGUAACAGUUGAGGGUGCGCAAGUGCCAAAAUGGGUAAAGAUCUUCGGUUGUAACUUCAGGCCCGAAUUGUACAUUUUUCCCAUCCGCCAGUGCAGGAACUGCUGGAGAUUCGGACAUGGAGCCAAGUUCUGCACCUCUCGUGCAAGAUGCGCCAACUGUGGAGGCACGCACUCAACGGCAGACUGCAACAUGGACGUUAAAUGCCCAAACUGCAAACUCAGACAUGGAGCAAGCGAUAUCGAGUGCCUAGAAAGGAAAAGACACGUGAAGAUUCGAGAAACUAUGAGGGAGAGGCAGAUCACUUUCACCCAGGCAGAAACCCACUUCCCGAAGCUACAAAAUCGAUUCAAUCUCCUGGACCAGCUGGGAGACGAGGGAAAUGAAGGUGAUUUCCCAAGGCUCGGAGGAAGUGAUCAACCCAACUGGCCGUUCGCAGGACCUAGGCCCCAGAGAAGACAGUCUUCUCGCUCCCGAGACAUGAGUCGGGAAAGGCAGGAACCCACCACACCCAACGAGGAAGGUGAGCGUGGGGGGCUAAGGAAACUCGCUUCGACCUGUCCCAUAUGCCAGAAGAACCCUUUCAAGGCAACGGACUUUGAACGCUUCAUCACGUGGCUGCGGCAACAAUUCUUCGCAGAGGUGCGACACAAACGCUGGAGUUGGACAGGGACCAACUACUCGUCGACAUCGGACAAGACAUCCAAUCAAUCAUCGAGGGGCAACCGCUCCAAGGAGAAACCACGAGAACCAACACAAGCUUUCACAGUGGAGUGUAAAAAGCUGAUAAUCUUGCAGCACAACGUCCAAAGCCUUCGCCCUGUCGAUACCCGCGAAGAGCUCAGCCAGUUCCUUUCGGAAAACUCGGUGGGCGUGGCACUGUUGCAGGAAAUUUGGCUCAGGAAGGAAGAAAAUUUUAGAUUGGCUCACUUUAGACUGGAAUCUGCCAGGCGAAAUCAAGGAUACGGGGGAGUCGGAAUUCUAGUACACGAGACCCUGGACUACGAAACGGUACAGUUCGAGGACCUUCUACCGGUCGAAGUUGUAGGGGUCAAAAUAACCAAGGGGUUUUUUCCGCUCACACUGGUUUCCGUAUACGUUCCCUCUGGAUAUAGUCCUCUCAGUGAAAUCAGAAGCAAGAUACUGGAACUCUUCGAGAAGCUGGACAACAUGGAUGGUGAAAUUCUUAUCGGAGGCGACUUCAACAGUCACCAUCGAAGCUGGGACCCCGGUGCGACCAACUGCUACAAAGGAAACCUGCUCAACAGCAUCUUGGAACCCUCCAAGUUUAUCCUCCUGAACGACGGUACGACAACAUGUAUGUCCACGGUCAACAGAAGCAGCACAGCGAUCGACCUCUCUCUGGCAACCGCCGGUCUAGCAACCAAGGCUUCUUGGGAAGUGGUCCCACAAGAAUUCGGAAGCAACCAUCUAUCGAUAGUCAUCGAAAUCGCAAGUGAGAUUCCGGUGGCACUAGGAAAAAUGAAACGGGUCAACAAGGACAAAGCAGCGGAAUUGAUCAACCAGUUGAAGCCUCAAUACAUCUAUAACCCCGACGAAAUGCAGACAAUAUUCGAGGAUAGCAUAGAACAAGCCAGCUUCAUAAUCAAAGAUAAAAAAGGAAAUUACCUGAAGCGCUGGUGGUCCGAGGACAUCAACGAAUGCUAUAAGACCAAACGAGAGAAGCUCCGAAUCUACAACCGAAACAAGAGCAUAACCAACCACCUAGAACUCCAAAAAGCACGGGCUAUCCUCAAGAGGCUCAUUCGGAAGGCAAAACGGGCUUAUUGCCAGGAACUCGCUGAAACAGUUGACGAGGACACUCCCCCCAGACAGCUGUGGAACAUCAUCAAGGGUUUGGAUACCGCGCUAACCCAGCCGGUAAGCAGAAAACCGGAAACCACGCUGGAUGACGCAGUACAGUUCCUCGCAUACUACUACGAUGGGAAGUUAAAACCGGUUGGGAAACCCACAUCCGUAACCCCCUCCCACUUAAAGGGCUACGAAAUGGCGCUCCAGGUCGAGGAAAUCUUGGAAGCCCUAAAAAAGAAAAAGUCCCACUCGGCCCCAGGAGAAGACGGCAUGUCUUACGGCAUCCUGAAGAACCUCAGGCUAGACAUGCAAGUUAAGGUAUGUGAGAUGCUCAACGAAGUCUUCGUUUCGGAAGUAAUUCCGGAAAGGUGGAGGACCACCCAAAUAAAGCCAAUUCCAAAAAACAAAGGUGACCCACUCAACCCAGGAUCGAACCGACCCAUCGCUCUCAUGAACAUCAAUCUCAAGCUGAUCAACUCGGUGAUCAACAGCAGACUGGCUGAUAUAGCAGAAAUAGAGAAUUUACACCCUCCUCGAUCGUUUGGCUUUCGGAAACACCGUUCGGCACAGAGCUGCGUCAACUACGUCGUCAACAAGGUGAAGGACGCCCAGCUGGCAAAGAAGGACACCGUCGUCGUAUUCCUCGAUCUAUCACAGGCUUUCGACUGCGUGAACCUGCAAACACUGCUCAACACCCUAAAAACCUUAAGCAUCCCAAACAAGAUCAUCUCCUGGCUUCACACUUACCUCAGCGACCGACAUCUUGUCCUCAAAACAAACGAAGGAGACGCUCACAGAGAGGUUAGCGAAGGCCUCCCCCAAGGAUGCCCACUGUCACCCAUCCUCUUCAACCUCUACACCAGUGGUCUGCACCGGAUAGAACACGAAGGAUGUGAACUCGUCCAGUUCGCGGAUGACUUUGCGGUGGUGGCAACCGGCAGCAGUCCAGAAGAUGCAGCAACAAAAGCCAACAACUAUCUAUCCCAGCUCCAAACUGAGCUCACCAGACUGGAACUCAAAAUCAACGUUUCCAAAAGCGCUGCAGUCGCUUUCACGAGAAAAGACACCAGCGUAGUAAGGAUCAGGAUAGGACGAGAGAACGUGGACCUGAACAACACUCAUCGAUACUUGGGAUAUACAGUCGACAGGACUCUCACACACAGAAAACACAUCGAGGACAUCCGAGACAAAGCAGCCGCAAAAGUAAAAAUAAUAAAGAUGCUCGGGAAGCGCAGCAGCAGUGCCAACCCGAACACACUAGUCAAGAUUGGGAACGCCAUCAUCCGCAGCCGACUAGAGUAUGGAGCUCAAAUAUACGGAAAUGCGGCCAAAACAAACCUUCAGAAGCUACAAACUGUACACAACUCGUACCUUCGCAGCGCUAUGCGUUACCUAAAAACCACACCAAUCCAUGUGAUCCACGCCGAAACCGGACAGACGCCGCUGGACAUCAGAAGGGAGCUGCUCACUCUGAAGGAGCUCCUGAAAAGCACCUACCACACCAAUCAGCUACAGCCUUUCUCCGAUCGUUCAAUCAGGAACAACUUGGGAAACGGAUCCUACUGGACGGAAACGGCCGUCAAAUUCAACUACAUCAUAUGCCAAAUGAACCCGAAAGACAGCGAAAUAGCCUUCUUGAAUAGACGGCAGUACUCGGACUACACACUGGAGAGGAACAUCAAAGAGGACAUGUUUGAGCACCAAAACAAAAAAGAAAACUACAGCCAGCAGUUCUGGAACCUAAAAUUCCUGGAAAUAAAGAAUCUCUACUAUGAAGACUUUCACCACCUCUAUACGGAUGCAUCCAAAACGACGACGGGAACGGCACUGGCGGUGUACGACCACACAGACCAGCAAGUUUUGACGCAGAAAAUCAACCCUAAUUACACCAUCACCAACGCCGAACUACUGGCUAUUCGCUCGGCCAUUGAACUCGCAAAGGAGAAAAAAUAUCACAAAGCAGUGAUUUUCACCGACUCCAAGGGAGCCUGUCAAACCAUCCGAAACAGAAGCAAGCAGAAUGAAAACUUCCUGGCGUGGGAAAUUGUCAAACUGCUGAAACAAGACAGGAACUACAAGAUCAAGCUGCAAUGGAUUCCCAGCCACCAAGGGAUUCCGGGUAACGAAAAGGCUGAUGAAGAAGCGGUUCGAGCCACUCAAGGACCACAAACAAAUUACAACUCCCUGACACUACCCGACGCCAUCCUGCUGGCGAAAGCUGACAUCUGGGACGACUGGAUAACAUCGUACAGAAAAAUUUCCGAGGAGAAAGGAAUAUGGCACCUGGAAAUAAUGGAAACGCCGGGGGAAAAAAUCUGGUUCCAUGGAUUAAACCUGAACACAGAAGAGAAAACCAUCAUCGGGCGGAUACGCACAGGACACACAAACACAAAGGAGCGCAGAUACAAGUGGGGGUGGGAAAUAAACGAUAGUUGCGAAUUGUGCGACGAAACGGAAGACCUACAGCACCUACUAUACUACUGCCCCAAGUUCAACAUCGAAAGAUCAGAGCAUAUCGUGCUAGAAUACUGCAAACCGCUGACCACCAUCCUAAAAGAGAACAACGAGACGGACCUGAAAGAAAUUGUAGCUUUCAUUAAACGAACAAAAAUCCAAACAUAA